AUCUGGAUUUCACCAGAUCGAAGUGGAUAAGAGUGACAUCGAAAAAACUGCGUUUAGUGUCGAAAACGGACACUACGAGUUUUUAAGAAUGCCAUUCGGUUUGAAAAAUGCUCCAUCAACGUUUCAACGCGUGAUGGAUAACGUUUUGAGAGAGCACAUUGGUGUCCGAUGUCUUGUGUACAUGGACGAUAUCAUCGUGUUCUCUACCAGCCUAAAGGAACACCUUGACAACCUAAAGAAAAUUUUUGAUAGUCUUAGAUAAUUCAAUAUGAAGGUGCAACUCGAUAAAAGCGAGUUUCUUCACAAAGAAGUAGCCUUUCUAGGCCACAUCGUAACUCGUGAAGGAGUAAAGCCAAAUCCCGAAAAAAUGGAAAUCAUCAGAAAAUGGCCACUUCCGAAGAAUGAAAAAGAACUAAGAGGAUUCUUAGGAAUUUUAGGCUAUUACCGCAAGUUUAUUCGAGACUUUGCGAAAAUAGCCAAACCACUUACAAAAACGUUGAGAAAAGGAGAAGCUAUCACUCACACUAAGGAUUUCGUAGAUGCCUUUGAGCGAUGUCGAAAUAUUCUUACAUCGAGUGAUAUAUUACAGUACCCGAAUUUCGACAAACCAUUUAUUUUGACAACAGACGCCUCCAAUUUCGCAGUUGGAGCCGUUUUGUCACAGGGGCAAAUUGGCAGUGACAAACCAAUUGCCUUUGCUUCUCGAACGCUAAAUAAGUCAGAAGAAAACUAUUCCGCAAUCGAGAAAGAACUUUUGGCGAUCGUGUGGGCAUGUAAAUACUUCCGUCCUUAUCUUUACGGAAGAAAAUUUACUCUAUACACCGAUCAUAAACCUCUCACAUAUAGCUUAAACCUUAAAAACUCAAAUAGCAGACUCAUUCAUUGGCGCCUCUAUUUAGAAGAAUUUGAUUACGAGAUUAAAUACAGACCUGGAAAGCAGAACAUCGUAGCCGAUAGUCUUUCCAGAGUACGAGAGGAAAUCAACCUCAAUGAAGCGGAAGAAAACUCUUCUUCCACAUCUGAAAGCGACACUUCGUCAGACGGAGCCACGGCCCACUCUGCUGAUACCGACGAUUCUGACUUUAUCCCAGGCACAGAAAAACCAUUAAACGAGUUCUGUAAUCAGAUUGUUCUAAAAAUCGGACCCAACGAAGAAGAAACCUAUGAAGAAAUAUUUCCACGAGUUUUCCGACGAAAAAUUACGAAAUUGAUAUUUGGAGUUCCAUACCUAAUUAAAAUGUUUAAAAAUUACAUUGAUCCCAAAAGAUCAAACUGCAUCCUUUGCCCGGAAAAGUUGAUACAGACGAUUCAAAUCGUCUAUAAAAACUACUUCAGUAGAGGCAAGCCUUUCAAAAUUUAUUUUUCUCAAAAAAUUCUCAUAGAUCUGAAAACGGCCGAGGAACAAAAUAUUGUUAUAGAACAAACCCACGAAAAUGGGCAUAGAGGGGUAUGGGAAAAUAAUAGACAAAUAGCAAACAGGUACUAUUUCCCAGCAAUGAAAAGAAAAAUACGACAGUUUGUAAGGCUCUGUCGCAUUUGUAAUAAAAAUAAAUACGAGAGGCAUCCAUACAAAAUCAUGCUCGGACCCACUCCGGACCCAAAAAAGCCUUUAGAUUUAAUACAUCUAGAUAUAUUCUUAAAACAACCUAAUAUAUUCCUUUCCUUUUUAGAUAAAUUCUCGAGAUACGCUACAUUGAUUCCCAUCAAAUCUAGGAACAUUCAAGAUAUGUUGCGGAGCCAACUUCUAAAACUAAUUACGCUGACGUUCAUCACGACCUCAUCAUCGAGAACGAUACAAAUACAUGACCUGACCAGAAACCCAGGACUAGUGACGUUACAGACCGGAAACGUACUAAUUAAGACUGGACGUCACAGGAUAUAUCACACAAUAGACUUGGAAGACUAUAGACCAUUACUAAACAACAUCGCUAUCACUAUCGACGGACUUAAAAUAUUCACAGACUUCAGCGACGUUUAUAUCACAUUACAGUCCAAAUUUAAGAAAGCCCAAAACACGUAUAUGAAAUUGUUACCAAAUAGAAGAAACAAGAGAGGAGCAUUCAAUUUUCUAGGCUCAGCCAUAAAGGCGAUUACAGGCAAUUUAGAUGAAGAAGAUCGAAUCCAAAUAGAUAACGAUAUAAAUGACUUAAAACGAGGCAACCAAGAACUUAUAAGACAAAAUAAUAUUCAAGUAACUAUCAACAAACAUCUAGGAAAACGUAUAAACAAAUUAAUAGAUUCCGUUAAUGAACAACAAAGAAUAAUCAAGCAACAAAUUAUAUCAGCCAGACAAUCUCUAAUCACCAACAAACUUGUCAAUCAAAAUUUCACAGCAAUCCGACAGGCAUUUAAAAUUUCUUAUCAUGUCGACCUAAUACAAGAACACCUAGACUCAAUUUUCGAAGUUAUACAACUUGCAAAAAUAAAUAUCAUUUCUAAGAAUUUUCUAGAAGCAGAAGAACUAAAGUUUAUCUCAGAUAAGUUAGAAGAACAAAAUAUUACCAUUCAACAUCCAGACCAAGCAUACGAUUACCUAGACAUCAGAGCCCUCUUCAAGGAAUCCAUCCUCUACUUCAUCAUCGGCGUCCCGCAGAUUUUACCACAUCCAUUCACCAGUCUUCUCCUAGAACCACUUCCAAUCAACGGUCAAAUCAUCAAACUCCCUUGGCAUAAAGCAGCAAUCUACGGAAACUCCACCUAUUUCAUCAAAGGCAGUUGCCAAAGUAUCGGCGAAAAUUCCAUUUGCGAAGAAGAUAAAUUAGACGAUACCUCAGACGACAGAUGCUUCUCCAAAAUCAUACGAGGCUCCCCAGGAAAAUGCACCUUUACGAACUAUCGGAAUACAACCAACAUAAAACGAUUGACAGACAACCAUAUCAUCAUCAUAAUCACAACAGUCACACUAUCAAGCGACUGUCUACAUAACAACAGAGUUUUAACAGGAACGAUGCUGUUGUUUUUCGAGAACUGUACAAUCUCACUGAACAACAAAACUUUUAGCUCCAUUACGUUUCCAUCGAGAAUUAUCCCAACAAUAGUGCCUCUGGAUGGCGUGAAAAUUGAACAAAACGAAUUCGAGCAGAACCUGGACUUUCACACAUUAAAGAAAUUACAUUUCCAAAACCGAGAACAACUGGAGAUAAUUAAAACCCGAUAUUUCAUCCAAACAUCAACAAGUUUGGGCCUCUCAUCUAUAUGCUUCAUUAUAGGCUUGAUCGUCAUAGUUUACCAUUGGUACCAGAAGAAAAGGACACCCAAUGAAGAAAAACCAAACAUCAGUUCAGCAGACAACCAUCAUCCCAACACAAUUGUAUCGGGACGAUCCAAACUUGAUGAGGGAGUAGUUAACGCAAGCAACAUAAUUUUCCCCACAGCAACAGAACCGAUCACUGUGGAACAGUUAAUCGGUAGCAUCAAUUCGCAAACGCAAGCGAAACAACAAUUUAGGACACCAACGUAAAACACCGAUUCGGACUCUGUACCUGACGCGACAACGGACUGGAUAGAAUGUGCAGCGUAAGGGCUUUAGGUAAAUGGCUAGGCUUCAUGAUGUAAAAUUGACAAUAA